UAUUUAUAUGUUAUUCUCCUAUAUACUAGAUAUAGAUACAUCGAUUUAUUUCAUAUUUAAUAUUUAACGACCCUUUAUAAUGAUAAUAAUUAAAUAAAUAUAAAAAGUAAAAUUGUAGUAUUAUAGUUAAUAAAUGAUUAUAUUAAAUUUGCUUCAUUAAGAAAGCUUGAGGAAAGCAGAAUUGAGGUAACAGCAUUUCCGCUGGUAAGACACUACGAAAAUAGGGAUCGGUGGUAUAUACUGUGUCACCUUGAAUACUUUGCGCAAAUGAUUGCAACCAAAAGAAAUAUCGGUUCGGUUACGGUGUUCACAAUGGGUAAAAGGGUUUCAGGUUUUUCAUUCAUCAUUUAUGGGUUACAAUUUUCAGUUUCGAUUUUCGAAAUUAAUAGAUUUUGGUUUCGGUUUUAAAGAGUGAUAGUUUUUGGUAAUGACUUUAUUAUUUUCUGAUCUUUAUGUUGAGUGUGUUUCUACGAGAGAUAAGUAGGGAGAUUGCCAGUAGACUGAUUUUCAUGAAACCAAUUUUGUUUGGGCAUCGACGCGCCAUCUCAGCGGAGAGCCUUCGCACCAUACCCACGCUUUUGAUUGACCGAGUAUAAAUAGAUGUACUACGCGUGAGAUUCUUCGUGAGCUCCGUGAGACGCAUGGAUUAACACCGGGUGACAUUCUAAAGCAUGUGUAUUCUGGUGUUGACGCGCCAUCUGGAGGGGGAGCCUCGAAACUUACUCACGUUUUCGAUUGGUCGAGUGUAUUUUUCAACACUUCACCAAACCCCAAACAUAUUUAGUACUCCUUCGUUUGGCGUGACUUUCGAUUCAGUUAGAAACGGUUUUACAAUUAAAGAAAAUCAUGGCAAAAUCCGUUACAACGUACGAAAAACCCACACCGCACAUCGGAUUACCCGACUGGUAUGCUAAGCAAUGGGAAUUACGUCAAAGCGCCGACACUCGUAGAUCAGAAGCUUUCGAGUUACGCAGCUCUAGCAGGAUCAUCCGGUCAGAAACAAAAAUUAAAACAGAAUGGGAUACUUAUAUGAACAAUACAAGAAUUGCCGAUAGAUUAACCGAACUUUCUCGUUGGCGAGAACUCCUGGAGAGUCAAUUGGAAAGGAUUGAAAACGAAAUAAAACUUCUAAAAGACGAGCGAGCUGACACUGAAAAGGAACUUGAGGGUCUCAAUCUACCUCUUCAAAUAACUGCUGAGUGUAUUUCUACUAGAGACUGUCGUCGGGGCACCGAGUUGACCUAUGACGAUGGCGAUACUGAAUUGAAAAAGGAGCUUUGCGUCCUAGAGGGAGUCAAGAAACUUUUAACUAAUAGAAUUCAGGCUGCUUGGGAGAAGCUCAAUCGUUUGGAGGAGGUAAAAUUCAAAAUUGAUCUGGAGCUACAGGAUAAGGUGGAGAGUAUAAAUAUCGAUCAAGAGAAUCUUCGAUUAGAUCGCACUUGUGCUAAUAUCAGUUAUAAGAUGGAUUCGCUCAGAAUACCAAAAAAUUCUGUUUCUUAUGAAUCCUGGCUUGAACAUUGUCAAUUCACGAAACUUCUUGCUGACAAUGAGAUGAGCGAUACGUACAGUUUUCGCGAAGCAUUGCACGUUACCAGGGAACGCGCCAGGAACGACAUCAAAGCUCAGCAGGACGUUACAGACUUUGCGCUGAGGAAGAGGAUAUAUCAGACCCAAAAGGCCAGAAAUGAGCUGGAAUGGCAAAAAAUGAAGAUGCAACGCGAGAUGGAUAUACUACUAAAGGAAUUAGCUAGAUUGGAUGAUGCUCUUCAGAGUAAGACCGAUGCUGUAAAGUGUGCAGAAACCAGGUUGGAAAAUCGUACCUAUCGUCCUGGAUUUGAAUUAUGUCGCGAUGAGGUCGAUCUGGGAUUGAAAGAUGAGGUCUUGCAAUUGAGGCAGACCAAGGAGGAUCUUAUUGCCAAGAUUAAUAGCGCAAAGGCUACCUACAACGGCUUGGAAUUUCUAUUGAUUCGCAUUGAUAAAAACCUGCAGGACAAACAGCAUUCCUUAAUGACCGACGUCAUGUGCCUAGACCUUCGUGCCAGAUUGAAAACUGGUGACAGAUCACGAUUGGCGAAUGAAACUGAUCGCAAUAUUGUACUCACCAAAAUGGAGCAGGAAGUGCCGCCUGAGUCUUAAUUAAUUGUGCCCGCAAGUAUAGUAAUUGUGUAGU